GCUACUGUUCAACCCAGAGAUAGACUAACUUUGUUUUUGUACAUUAAGCAUGUCGGAACAGCAGGAGGAACAACGUGUAGUUUUUGACCGGAUUUUUAACGCUGCAGCCCGUGCAAGACAGGAGCUGUCAGCAAGAAACGAUGAGAAUUUACUGACUUCAACAAGACGACUAUUUCGCCGUCAAGUUCAACGACUUCGGGGCGGGUCUGGUGGCCGCAGGGAAGAACCUAUUUGGCAUGCAAACCUCUUCCUUCUUCCAGGGCCUGAUAGUGAGAUUCUGCCUGCUACAUCAGCACUUGCUGAACUCGCCAAACAUGGAUUAGGAAAACCUGUGCAUGAGUCUAUGAAGCCUGGACAUACAAAGUCAAAGAUUGACAUAAAAUGGAGUUUAUCUGAAUUAAACAACUUUGUUUGCCAAAGUUAUCCUCAUAUCAGUUUAAAUUUGGUAGGCUUUGAAUUGGCAAGGGCAGGCAAAGGACGCAAAAUACAGAAAUUACAAGUUAGUUCUGUAAAAGAGCUAAAAACAUCAGUUGGCAAAAGCAGACUUUACAUUGUGCCACGAGCUACUGUCUUACAGAUAACAUCACCACCCUCUGCCAAACCGCAGAAUUCAUUUCCACCACUCUCCACAGUUGCAGCUAUAGAGGAGAUCUCACAAGUGACUGAGGAAAAUGUAGUUUCAGAUCAGGUGACCUCCACAUCUUGUGCUAUAUCCCAGAAUUCAUUCCAGAAUUUCUCAGUUGCUUCGGUACAAAAUGUGACAGUUUUGGCUGAGAAUACUCAAGCUCUAAAUAUGGUUUCAGAUCAGGCUCUUCAAGAAUGGCGAGCAAUACGUGCCCAGCAAGACCAGGAGUAUAAAGAAAGUUUGUUAGUGGAUGAGGAAAAGGAGCUGAAGAAACUGGCUUAUCAGGCCUCUGAGGAAAAGCGUCAAAAGGCUAUUGAGACAAGACGUCAGCGAAUGGCUAUGUGUGAUGAACCGUCAGAUGGGGCAUUGUUAAAAUUUAAAUAUCCAGAUGGACACAUCAGCAUGAGGAAAUUCAACUUGUCUGAGUCAAUUCAGGAUUUGUUUGACUUUGUUGGACAAGAAGACAUGGCGAGUGAAAUUUUUGAGGUCCAAGAAGCUACUUCAUCAAAAUCAAUUAAGAGCAGCUCCUCAGGGUCAAUACUGGAUCAUGGCAUAAAGGCACCUUCAACUCUAUAUGUACUUUGGUUAUCACAUCAGGAUGUACAGGACAUUCUCUCACAUCAAGAAAGUGAUGGCAUGUAUGCCCUUCAACAUGCAUCUCCUGGUCAGCCAUUGCUGCCUGAGUCCACCAUCCAGCCACCAAUGGCUGUUCCCUCCAGCCAGCCACUGCUCACACUGUGUUCCACUGAACCAAGGUUCUCUGUGCCUUCUAUUCUGCCACCACUGCCUGAAUCCUCCACCCAGCCAUUACUUCCUGUUCACUCCAGCCAGCCACCAGUCACCAGUCACCAGUCACAGGGUUCAGAAACCCUGUUUUUUCAAGAUGAAGAACCACUCACUGCUUCACCUGCCCAGGAACCAAUCAUUAUUCUUGAUGAACAAGAGGAGCCAGUUUCACAAAAUCUGUCUCCCCAAUCACUACAUGACCUCAAAGGACCUGUGAAUGAGAUUGAUCUACAGACCAUACUGAAAAAACUAGUCAGCAAAGUUGAUGGAAGCUCCUGCCCAACAAGCAAGCAAAUAAAUGUAUGUAGGAAUAACAUUUUCCUGGGUAGCUUGCGGGCAUUCAAACGUAGGCACUUUAACCCUGAAGCAAAGUUAGACGUUGUGUUUGUGGAUGAAGACGACAAUGCUGAAGGGGCAGUUGAUGAAGGUGGCCCAACAAGAGAAUACUUAAGGCUGUUGAUGAGGGCCAUCCAUGAGUCAAACGUCUUUGAGGGCCAUGAGAAGAACCGGCAGUUGUGCCUUGAUACUCAAGCUUUGCAGACAAAACUGUACACAGUCGUGGGAAAAAUGAUAGCUGUGUGUGUUGUUCAUGGAGGAGUUGGUCCACACUUUUUCUCCGAAAGGCUUUUUCAGAAGAUCUGUGGAUUACCAACACCUCCUACCAUGGUAGAUGAAGUUGGUGACCAUACCUUCAGGGAACAAUUAAUCAAAAUAAAGGAAGCAAUGACCACCCAGGAGGCGAACAGUGUGCCUUGA